CCCCACUAUAUAUAAACACCAAUGGCCUCCCCACUCUCUUCCAUUCCAUUCCACCACCAUUUCAACAACAAUAACUCAUUCAAUUCACCUACCACUUCCUCACAACAUCCCUUCAAUGGCUACCAAAGUCUACAUUGUUUACUACUCCAUGUAUGGACAUGUUGAGAAGCUAGCACAAGAGAUAAAGAAAGGAGCUGCAUCAGUUGAAGGCGUAGAAGCCAAACUAUGGCAGGUACCAGAAACUCUUUCAGAAGAGAUUCUUGCGAAGAUGGGAGGUCCAGCGAAAGGCGAUGCACCAAUUAUCACACCAAAUGACCUUUCUGAAGCUGACGGCUUUAUUUUCGGGUUCCCAACAAGAUUUGGGAUGAUGGCUGCUCAAUUCAAGGCUUUUCUUGAUGCCACUGGAGGUCUCUGGAGAACUCAGCAGCUUGCUGGCAAGCCAGCAGGUCUUUUCUACAGCACUGGCUCUCAAGGAGGUGGCCAGGAGACUACCGCGCUGACUGCAAUUACCCAGCUGGUUCACCACGGAAUGAUCUUUGUUCCGAUUGGUUACACAUUUGGUGCUGGCAUGUUCGAGAUGGAGAAGAUUAAAGGUGGAAGUCCUUAUGGUGCAGGAACUUAUGCUGGGGAUGGCUCUAGACAACCAACAGAGCUUGAACUGGAGCAAGCUUUCCACCAGGGAAAAUACAUUGCCACCAUCACAAAGAAGCUCAAAGGCUCUGCUUGAUUGUUUCACUGCUACUCAUGUGCUAUUAUUGCAUUCUGCUGUCCAUUUUUUUCCUAUGUCUAGUAUACUCUUGUUUUAGUUUUAAGUUGCAUUCCUACUGAUCUAAACAAUAAGUGAUUAUUUCCUAUUAUAUAGGGUCAUUGGUCAGUGUCUCUCACAGUUUACAGAGAUUGGUUUACAUGUUUUAUGAAUCAUACUUAAUAUUUUUCGUAUUUCAUAA